UGCGGCUGCUACCUGCUAACAGUUUCUAUCCUGGGACUAUGAAACAUUCACGUUUUAUUUUAGGAAAAUUAAAAGUUUUAAUCGUGGAAUUUUAAAGGAAUCAACAUUCAUUUGCCAUAUUAGAGGGUCUGCAUUAGCUUAGUGAAAGAUGAUGGAAGUCGAGACUGAAGAAAGUGAUGCUACUGACCUGUCGAUGGAGUGUUAUGAGGAGGAUCAGGAUGUGCUGUCGAAACUACCAGAUGCUUGUGAAGAAGAAGAAGAUGACAUACUGGAAGAAGCCAUGCAGAUUUCUGACCAUCUAAUGGAUGAUGAUGAGGAGAGAGACCAGUUACCUGUCAGGAUCAUUCCCAUCCCAGUUCAGCCAGAGUCAAGUUACAAUUCCCAGCCAGCCAACACCACAAUAAAGUCCGCAGGUUCUGCUCUGAGUUUCAUGGUCAAUGGCCAACCUGUGUCCAUGCUGCCUGGAGGUGGUACGGAGCUGAGGCUGCACUCGCAUCCUGGAGGGUGUGCCAGCGGCUUUACCACAGUCCAGGUUCCUGUCAAUGUGACCAUCCACAGCAUUGCAGGGAUCAACUUCAUCAACACUAUGGCCCCCUUCACACCAGCUGGCAACUCCUCUAGUGCGCCAGAUGUUCCUGCUGAAACUGCACCUUCACCUGCACCUUCACCUAACCCCAUCCCUAUUAUAACAGGUGUGGUCUCAGGUGAAGCAGCUCAGAAGGUUCUGAAUGACCACAAUGUGAACUUCCAACCUACCCCUCUGGCAGAAUUGAAUAUCCUGACUUCUUCUGCGGAUUUACCCCAGAAGAUGAACUCACCAGCGCACGCAGCAUCUCUUAAUACAAAACCUCGUCCCAGCAGACCUGCAGCACCUCACAAAGUGCAACGGAAAGGUGAGCUUGGAUCCAUCUCUCCCUCCAGCUGUCCUGUGUGUGCAUCUCAGUACAAACUUGUACCAGAGCUGAGAGGAUUUAUGUGUUUAUGCUGCCCUGUCAUUAAUAUUAGGCUGAAGAACCUGAGGAGGAAGAACAUUAAACAUCUUCGAAGGAGCAGAGACAAAAUCCCCCAAACCCCUACAAAAUCGCCCAGGAUUCAACCAGCACUGUUAACUCCUAAUGUUGUCUCUCCUCAUCAGAGGAGUCACAGAUCUUCUGAUGACUAUGACUAUUUGUCAGAUGACUUCCCUAGCCCCCCCGUGUUGAGCCCCCAGAAGAACUACCAAGCUCUAGCAGAAUCUGCCCUCCCUGAGGGUAAACUGGUCAUACUGGUGGAGGACUUUUAUUAUGGAAGUGCUCCUGGAAGCAGCACUAUGAAAAGUGAGAGGCCUGCUGGAGUUUACCGCUGUAUCUUUUGCAAAGAGACACUUGACAACAACAUCAAGUUGAUGGAGCACAUACAGGAGCACAUGCGCACAGUGGCUGAAAGACAUGAAGAGAGCGUCUCUGUGUGCCCCUGUCCCCACUGUUUUCGCCACUUCCAAUCGCCGUACAGACGGGAUUGCCACAUAGAGGCCGUUCACAGCCAGGGGGUAACUCCAGCGACAUGUAAAAUCUGCGAGCUGGCUUUUGACAAUGAACCAAGCUUUCUCUGCCACAUGAAGACCACUCACAGGCCAGGAGAGAUGCCCUACAUCUGCCAGGUGUGUGGCUUUCGUUCAUCCUUCUACUCCGAUGUCUGGUCUCACUUUAAGAGGGCUCACGCAGAUUCCAAGCACCUGCUGUGCCAGUACUGUCUCAGAGUGCUGCGCAGUAGCGUCUGCUACCAGCAGCACGUUGGCCGUCACCAGAGGAAAAAUAUGCUUGCCUGUGAUAAGUGUCGCCUUUUCUUCCUUUACCUUAAUGAACGUAUUGAACACAGGACGCUACAUCACAAAACUCACGUAAAACCUCCGCAGCUCUGCGGACUCAAACCUGGAACCAAGGUGACUGUCAGGACAUAUUCGGUCAUUGUAGGACAAAAAAGUGAAGAUGGAUUGAGGAGCCCAUAUGUCCCAAGCAAGGUUGUAGAUGUUCCCCCACCGCCCCCUGUACAGGAGGCUCCCAAGAGGAAACCGGUGAAGAGUUUGGGACCGCUGCUGUCCAUGCUGAACUCAGACAGAGUCUCUAAACGCUGUGUCGAGUGUUUGAAGUCAAUCCCAGAUCUCAAGUAUCACUUUCCAUCACUGGUCCACUGCUCACUCUGCAGAUUUGUCACCUGUUGCUCCACCGCUUACGCCAACCACAUGAUCAAGAACCAUGGCACCAGUAGGAAAGUCCCACAGUUCCUAACCAUCUUCAAGUCAGACAUGAGGUUGUCAGAGGCGUUAAAAUGUAUCUCAUGUUCGUUUUCCACCCGAAAGGGAGAUGCAAUGGCCAAUCACCUGACAGAGAGAGAAGAUCAUGCAUUUGCUACGGUAACAGACAACGAGUUGGGUGCAAAAAGACACAAAAAGCAAAACUCAGACAGUGUUCAGACUGGAGCCUUCAUCCCAAUUCACCUCCUCCCAUCAGGUCAAAGCUCCAGCCAGCUGUCAGUCAAACCCAUCACCUCCCUGUCCCCUCCUUCCUUUACACCAGCCAUGACCAUCAGGAUCCUGGGCUCGCAAUUACAACAAGGAGAGGCUAAAGAUGCUCCUCUGUCACUCUCACAGCUCUUGGUAGUCCUGUACUGUUUGUGCCAUGGCAUCUCUCAGACAGCUCAACAUUUCCAGAUGAGCCAAGUGACCAUUCGGUCCUGGAUUAUGCAGCAGCAGCAUGGGCUGGUGAGCAGAGAGUGGUGGUGGAGGACGGAUAAGAUGGCGGAGUGGGUGCUGAACAGAAGGGAGCAGCAGCUGAGUGUGUGUAUGGAUGUCCUGCUGAUGACAGCAAAAGCCACACUGGGAGGAAACAGCACGUUGAAGGAGUGUUACAGCUGGACCAUAGACUUCAUGCUGAGGCACGACCUGGGACUGCAGACCACUAAUAACAACAAACUGAAGAGCAUCCACGACAGCAGCCGCAUAUUCAUAGAGAAACUCCUCUCACAGAACCGGGGUCUGCCCCCUAACUGCUGGGGCUGCAUGGACGAGCUCCCCGUCUUCAUCAACUCUGAUCUCUUCUCCAAACAAAACCCGUCAGCCUUUCAGCUGUUCGGUUCAGCCAACCAAACCCCCGUGUUUGACAUCGCCCUGUCGGCUCUGGCGGACGGCACCUUCCUGCCGCCCCUGUUGUUCUUCACCGGUGCUUCUUCACGUGUUCCAGACGGCUUCCCCAACAAUGUUCUCCUGGAGGCUCGGCAGGAAGGAUUCACCGACCAAGACCGCCUGCAGAUCUGGAUCGAUAAGGUGUGGUUCCCCCAUGUGACUUCCAUGUGGGCUAGUGAAUCCCUGCUGGUUGUGGAUGUUCACCGAGGUCACCGGAGCCAACGGUUCAGAGAGAGCUUGUCCUCCAUCAAGACAGAUGUCGCCUUCAUCCCAUCGGAAUGCAGCUGUCGUCUGCAACCUCUAGAUGUCUGUGUGACGCAAGUGCUGCGAGAGUUCCUGCAGGCCCGGUGGACCCUGCUGGUCUCCGACGGGGGUCUGGACGGUCUGGAGCUGGAUCAGCUGGCUCUGACGCUGGCAUGCUGGCUCAGUGAAGUUUCCUCCACUCUCAACUCACUAAAGAACAUGCUGGCCAGGUCCUUCAGUUGUACGUUCAGCCCGGAGCACAAGGACGUCCACAAGGAGACAUUGAGGAUGGUCGCAGCUUUGACCCAAACGCUGAUCCAGCCUCAAGAAACUGGAGGACCAGCAGCUCCACCAGGACAGAAAACGAGACCAGAGCCCACCAGACAAAUAAAACAGGCCGUGGCGCUAAGGGAGAAGGAGAAGGACGCAGAUAACCUUGAAGAGGAGAUGUACAAACAUGGAGAUGACAGGAGUGAAGACGGACAGGAGAACUUCCAGGAGACAAACAAGGAGCCAAUAGACAAAGAGAUAGAAGAGCACGAGUUUGACAUGAAUAGUCUGCCCACGCUGCUCCAGAUGUUUUACGGUGACAGCGAUCAGGAGACCUUUUAUGGGUUUCCGGAAAACUCGUCGUCUCCUGCUUUCUAAGUCGCCGCUGCUGCUGAGCACAGAGAUGUGAUGUCGUCCUAGAGCCAGCUCUGGGCCAGACCUGCAGGGAUUUAUCUGGAGGAAUAACAUGGACCACCAGGAUUAUUUGUCCAUGAGUCAAUUGACUAUGAAACAAAAGGAAACACAACAAAUUGUUUUAAAUUACACAUUUUCUGACAGCAAUUCAGCAGUCCCAUAACAAUUAUUCUGGCAAAAACACAGCACCAAAGGUUCACAUCUGAUCAUCAAAAAGUAACUUUUGUUUGUUCUUAAUCCUCAAUUAAACAAUGAACAAAAAGUCAAUCAGCUAUUUUCACUUUAAUAAAUAUGAUUGUUUUCAGGAUUAAACCUUAAUAAUGUGGUACAACAAAAUUUCACUGUUAUUUAAUGACGUAAAAAUGUCACAUUUGAUAUCAGAGAAACUGGAUCUAUUUAUUGAAAUGUUUUUUUUAUCACGUGGUGUUAAUCUUUCCAACACAGUCACUGCUCCUUUUACUAAAUAUAUAAAUAGCAUUUUUUCUGCAUUAAGACAACAGAAAAUUGUGCUAAAUCCCAAAACCCAUGCUAGAAAAAUGAACGUUAUUCGUCCUGUAACAUCAUUGAACCUUCUAGUUAUUUUCACAUUUCAUAAUUUAAUCAGUUUCAUUUACGAAAGAAAUAUGUUAAAUGCUUUUUGUAAGGAUGAUGAUGAAAAUGAUUUAUUUUCUACAAAAAAUAUCCAGAAAAGUAAAUAAACAGGGGUCUGUGGUUGGUGUUCAUUUCCAUUCCCUUCCAAAAUAAAAGCUUUGAAAAGUGAAACAAAGUAAUUUCAUUUGCUGUCACAAUCAAUCAAUCAACAUAAAAUAACCUGGUUUAGUUUUAUGGAAAUGAAAGAAAGAAAAAAAAAACUGAAACCAAGGAAGAACUUCUCUGUCCUUAAUGAUCCCACCCCCCUCUGGUCAUCCCGCUGCUGCUUCCACCUGCCUGCUGUGUGCUGCUGACGUCCCUGACUCCCCCAGUCUGGCCUUCGGCAGGAGGGUCCCCCCUUAUGAGCCUGGUCCUGCUCAAGGUUUCUUCCCUCCUAAAGGGGAUUUUUUCCUUGCCACUGUUUGGCUUAAGGCUUUUCUCCCACUAUGGUAGUUUUUACCUGCCAUUGUUUAUAUAAUAAUUGCUCGGGGGUUUAUGUUUAUGUUCAUGUUCUGGAUCUCUGGAAAGCGUCUAGAGACAACAUCUGUUGUAUUAGACGCUAUAUAAAUAAAAUUGAAUUGAAUUGAAAAUGUGAUGGUAAAACUGUAAAAACAAAAUCAUGUAAUUUUAAUUAAAAAUGAGGAUUAUGCACAUCAGUUACAUCAGCUACAAAAAAUCAAAAGCAGUUUCAAACAAAGUGAUAAUGUGCUGGCUUUAUGGGAGGAAACAUUUAUUCUGAUGGUUAAACUGAUGAUCAGAUUAUAAAGGUUGAUAGAGAAUCAGUUGAAUUCAGGAUGUAAAAAAGAAGAAACUUGAAUGAACCACACUGAGAUUUGGUCAGUGCUCCUCGCUUUGUAGUCAGACUUUUGUUACUUUUAUACUGAAACGUAUGAUGACUCAUGUUGAUGUUUUGUA